UGAAAUAGCUGUAAGCACCAGCAGUAACAAACACACAGACGAUCAACCCGUAUAUCUAAAGUCACUUUAACAAAGGACGACUUUGACUUAUUUCUCACUACUCAAGAUAGAACGACCAUCCUGAUAUUCUGUCAGGAUGUUGUACCGGAGCGAUGUGCUGACAAGAUAUGAGAGUGUGCAGCUGCACGAGGUACUACGAGACGAACACUGACAAAAUUAUCAUCUUUUCCUUCCAUAAAUAGAACUCCAGUCUGGAACGAUAGAGGACGAGAGACGAGGGCUCAUGCCUUGACUGUUUUUUGAAAUAAAACAACACAAAUGAAAAUCCGUAGAAUUAUUCAUUGCUCUAGGUAUAAUAUAGGUAAAAAAGACUCGAAGAACCUAGUAGAGUGGUGGCAGAGAGAGACGACCAUUCUUGUGACCGAAGGAGGGUUGUUCCCUUCGUUUUUAUAGCACUGUGAUAAAUAAUUCUCACAGCAUUUGGUGCCAUCUCCUUGUCGAGAUGAUGGAACAAUAUUGAGGCGAAAUACAGCAUUUUAUACUCGUCGCAAGAAAAAAAAAUGCCACCCCGCGCCGGCAGUCAGCAGCAGCCGAGCAGGGCCUCAGCUUCGACGGCUAUGAAGAAGACGACCGCGACAGCCAGCCCCGGAAAAAAGAAGCAGCAAGUUGUACUAGCUGCGGGGAAGAAACAAUCCGCAGCGAAGUCUUCUUCGAAUAUUAAGGCGCGUAGUUUCUUGAAAAAACCGGCUUUUGCGAUGAAAACUGGCACUGGAGGGGCAACGAAGAAGGCGAAUGAUAAGAAGAAUAAAACCAGUGGGAAAAGCAAAUCAUCUACCGCUGCGAAGAAGAAGAAGACCAAGAAAUCCCCGGUCGCAAAUAGCGGUGGUCGACAAAAAAGGUUGUCAGCCUACUUCGGAUAUGAAAUGCAAAAAUGUCUGGGUCUGGAAGAAUGCAGCUUGUGAUGCUGCAUUUGGACUCCAAAAAAAUCUGUAUUGCAUGAGCAGCAAAGGGAGCGCAUUUUUUGCUACGCGGAGAGGGCGUUUGUCAUGUCGUAUAGGCAUCAAGAAGCUUUCAAAAAAUCUGUAAUGCUAGGGCAUGCAUCACAGACAUCAGGGCUCAUGCAACACGUGCAUGACAAGUGUCAGAAUCUUCCAGACCCAGACAUUUUUGCAGUUGAUAUCGGAGCUGCAGGUUCGAACGACACACAAGAUGAACGACGAAAGAAGCAGCAGUCAUCAAGUGGAAAAAUGAUGAAAAAGACGACCACAAUGGGAGGUGAUGACAAACCCGAUAUCGAGAUGAAGGACGUCGCAAAUAACGGCCCGUCCCCGUCUUCCUCCAGAUCCUCCAUGUCCUCCUCCUCCGGCUCGGUUGCAGCUUCCUCGACCAGCGAUUCCAUUUUUGACCAGUCAAGAAAUCCAGCGAAAACAAAUAUGCCAGAUCUGAUGUUCCCAGCGACUACGGCGGCGGCCAACGGGACAACUGGAGGCGCAGGACCAUCCUCCUCCGGCAGCGCGAGCACCAGCAGCAAACUUUUGUCGCUGAACAAUCUGAACAGUAGUUCCUCGUCCACAGCAGGUUUCGGUUUAUUACCCCCAGCCUUCUCCCCCUCUACCUCAUCAAGUGCUGCUAAAAAGAAUAACGCCUUUCUCGCCAACCAGGCUUCCUCCAUCGCGAUGGAACUGCAGGAACAGAACCAGAAGGAAAACAACAAUCAAACCACCAAAUCUACUUCCCUAUCUCCCGCAAAUAAGAAGACAAUUCUGAAAGCCCGCACGGCCUACACCUGGUUUUGUAAACUGAACAAGGACUUCUUCGCGGAAAAGUACAAGCAGAACAAAGGGAUAGACCCCCCGGUUGACCUUCUGGCGAAGGCACUGGAGGCGAAGUGGGACAAGAUGAUGAACAAGGAGGCGAAGAAGGUGUAUGAGAAUCAUGAGAAGUUGGACGAGAUAAGAUACAAGUUUGAAAAACGAGACUUCAACGAAAGGGACGUGUAUAACCUUUUGAAAAUCGCCGCGGAGGACUGCGGAAACAUCGAGUUGACCCGGGAAUUCCUCAACUCCGUCCGGUCGCUAGAAAAUAUCAAUGCGACCUCGGAGGACUGCAGACAAAGCAUCGCAAUUCGAGUUGGGAAGCAGGUGGCGAAGCAGGGUGGCAGUUUUCCAAGUCCAUCGAGCAGCAAUUGGCGAAAAAUUCUCGCGCAAUGGAAUAUCGAUUUGGAUGAUCCGGCGAGUGGCGAGUUUUUACAUCAGAAUAACAACAAAAACUCCACAUCAUCUUCCAGCAAAACGGUGGAAUUUGAAGUGUGGAAGCCGCAGGGCGAGCAGCCAAGGUCUACGCAGGAGUACCGGAUGACAAUCGCGGAGAAGCUACUGGCCAUUUUCAACGACGAUAGGAAAAUCAGCCGCGACGUCGAGCAGGCGCUGUUUCAGCAGCAUUUGGGGGUAUAGAUUGUUUUUUUUUUUUUUGUAUAUCAUGUAAAUGAUUUUUUUCGUUCUGAUCAUGGGAGUGUCAUCGAUUUUUCAUGCUCGUCCAAUGCCUGUGCAUCGGAAGAGAAAUGGAAUUUCCGAUGCAAUCAUAUCCGCAUGUAUGAUCACACAAGAACGCAACUUCCUCUUUAUCAGGACAUGAAGGAAUACGCGGCUUCUGGUCGUUCCUUACUCUACAACCUCCGGCACAACGAGGACUUGCGCAGUCGGGUGUUGAAGAAGGAGUUGAAACCGACGCAAUUGGUGAAACUGAGUCCACGCGAUCUCGCAACGGACGAGCAGAAAAAGCAGCGCGAGGAGUUGGAGGCAAAGUCGCUGAAGAAUUCCGUCACCGCCUCCCUGCCAAAGACGAAACAGGAACUGUACCAGCAACAGCGGGAGGAAAGAGGCGGAGUCGCUAGGAUGGAUUUGUCGUCCCAAAAGGAAACCCAGUCGCAGGGGUAUUGAUAGGAGGCUUAUAGAAGAAAUUUCCGCGGAUUCCACUUCGUAUCUAUACCUUGGCGCUGUACGUCUGUUGUUUUUUUCAAGAAAAAUAAAAGAAGCUGCGUUGAUGUUGAUCUAUCAUCGUGAUUGGUAUAGAAAAGCGACUGCUCCUUCUACUUCGGACUGCUUGAGAAGAACUAAAAUCAGUAUCAUUUUCCGACAAUUUGAUUUCAGCGCAGAAAAAAUCAUUGACGUUUUAUCUGGAAGAUUUUUAGGUCUCGUAUUACCAUAAUUUCUUUGUUUCGAAAUCGGUAGCGUAGUUAGUUGUAGUUAAUUGGAGAAUCUGAAUCUCUCUACUACAAGCAACUCAUGUUCUGUCAUGUUGUCGUAAAAGUAAAACCGCACAGAGUUUUACCAGACAGCCACAUGAUUCCGGGUCUGGUAGAAUUCGGUGUCGUCAGAAACACGCACGGUUCUGUUGUUCCCGAAGAAAGCGAUCAGCUAGAAUUAUGAAGGUACUACUCAGAAAU